CAUUGCACUAAAUACUAAUAACCUCUUCAGCUAAAUACUAAUAACAAAUUGAAAUUACAUGAUUUCAAGUUAUUUAUAAAAUAUUUUGUUCUAAAAUGAAUAACAAUUGUCCACAAAAGCAAUGAGUAAAUUGCCAAAAGCUACCCUUUCUCUGAAAGAGUUUAUGCUUCGUCAAGAAGCAAUAAAGUUAUUUCGAGAUCUCUUACGUACAAUAAAACAAAUACCUGAUAAAGAGUCUCAAAAGGAACUACGGGACUGGGUUAGACGAGAUUUUGAGUUGCAUAAGAAAUACACUGAUGAAGUAUCUGUUAAAAUGGCUUUACAAUAUGGGAAACGAAGUCUGAGAGAACUUCAAACUAGUUUAGCAUUAAGUCAGUAAUGUUUUAAGAAUAAUGAA